AUGACAGAUGUGCUGGGGGCUGCUAAGCCGUGCCUUCGUCGGAUCCUCGAGCAGGUGGUGCAAUCUGUCGCCUCGAACAAAGCCCAGACAGCAUGGGGAGUCGUCACGGCUGCACUGCUGUAUCUGAAUCUGAAGAGGAUCCCGUUUGUUUGGCAUUUUCGUGUGUUCAGCCACAUUUGGUGGCCCAAGAAUGGACUCUUUGAGCGCAAACCCGGCGCUAUCUUUCAGCCGGUGGUCACACCUUCUCGCGUUGCUCUGUUAGAGACCGACUACAACUUGCACAAGUCAAACAGCACCUACUUCUCUGACCUUGAUGUUGCAAGGACGGACCUUCUCGCCGCCCUGAGAGCUCAAGCAAUCCAUGGCGGUCUGUACAAGGAGUACAAGAAAGGUGUUCAGGUUCUGCUCGCAGGCACCUCAUGCACCUUCAAGAAGGAAAUCAAGCCUGGUGCUGCCUUUGACAUGCAAAGCAGAGUCCUUACCUGGGAUAAGAAGUGGCUGUACAUUGUGACCCAUUUUGUCGAGAAGCGGAAGGAGGGCAACAAAAUUGCUCAGACAUCGCCUCUCAUCUACGCGACAGCAAUCUCGAAAUGCGUUGUCAAAGCCGGCCGUCUCACUGUGCCACCACAGAAGUUCUUCCAGGCGGCAGGUGUUCUUUCGUCGGGAGACCAACCUGAAGGCUCCAUUGCAGACGUCACACCAGAGGCAAAUGACUCCGGAGAGUGGACUUGGGCAAAGGUUGAGGAAGAGCGUCUCGAAGCAUUGAAAAUCGCUGAUGGUUUUGCUGGUGGUUUGGAUGCAGCGCAUGAGAAAGCCAAUCUGUUGUUUUGA